AUGAGAAAAUUAAUUUUCUUAGCUGCUAUAUUUUGCUUUGUUAUGGCACAGAAAGUAGAAGACUGCCCACCUUUUGGAACAGAAUUAAAUUGCUCAGGUGAAUUUUCUCCUGUAUGUGGUGUUAGAGGCUUCUCUAAUAAUAAGUAAAUCAGAGAGACUUAUUAUAACUAAUGCAUUGCUUGUAAAAUUGGGCAUGUAGAAUACACUGUUGAAGGAAAAUGUGAAGAAUUUCCUGAAGAUGGCCAUUUCUGUUCUCCUACAGAAUCUAAAUAAGAAAUUUGCAGAUAUUUAGACUCUCCUAGAUGUGGAUAUUUUAAUAAGGAUGUCAGCUGUACUUCACCUCCUUGUGUAAAAGAUGGGAGAAACGUUUGUAUGACAUGCUCAAUUAAAAAUAUGCUCUAUACUACAAAGGGUAAAUGCAAACAAUGA